AUCCCACGCCCACCGAAUGCCUUCAUUCUCUUCCGCUCGCAUUUCAUUGCAUCCCGGAAAGUCUCGACGGACGUCGAAAACCAGAACAAUAAGCUCUCUAUGAUAAUCGGCCAUGUCUGGAAAGGCAUGUCGGCGGAGGAGAAACGUCCUUUUGAGCGCCUCGCGGAUAUCGAGAAGGAGAAGCAUGCUCAGCUCUAUCCUGACUACAAGUACUCCCCUGCCUCGCGGAAGAACACUCCUCGACGAGGAAGCCGCACCACCAAGGCCGAACGGGAGCGAUGCAAGCAGAUUGGUUCAUUCGUACAGCAUGGCGUGCAUGGUUCCGCCCUCGACAAGAUUGUCCAGGAGUCGGGCCCGUGCAUCGCAUUCUCGGAUGACGAGCUCUCGCCAUCGCCAUCACCCUCGAUUCGUUCUUCGUCCAUGCCCCAUACCCCGGAGCAUUCAAUGUCUCCCGAGCCAGGGCGAUUCGAGCGGGCUUCUUCAGAUCAUGUCCCGAGCAUGUAUCCCUCGAAUGCGGUUCCCAUGGUAAGAGCCUCUUUCUCUCGCGACAAUCUAUAUUGCUGA